UUUUUUAAGGUCCAGAAGACUCUCCAAAGGUCUUCUGCUUUUACUGCAGAGUGUAGCUCAGCUUCCCUCUGAAAAUCUUGUUAUCUUUCAUGUUGCAUUAAGGAUGCAACAUUUUAAAAAGCAAAUUGCAUCCUUUUAUUCCAGCAUGUCUUUUGAAAGUGUAAUUUUAUAAUAAUUCUAUUUGAAAUUUAGGUCCAAAAUCACAGUUUGAAACAGAAAAGAAUAGAAAUUUUGUCUCAGUUUGCAUAUUCAUUCUACUACUUUUCCUAUUUUUAUGUAAUUUUCAAGGAACAAGAAAGGAAGCUGGCUGCUUUAGUCAUCCUUUCCGUGUUCUGACACUUCUGGCAACCAAAGAUAGUCUGUUAGCUUUCAGAUCAGAUAUGCCAGUGGAAUUCCCCCUCCCUCUUUUCAUUACAUAACACAUUCUCACUGUCAAACCUCUGAUAAGCAAGAUUAUGAGAAUACCAGCUAUUUCUGUGUUAGGUAAUUUAAGAGGGAAACCUUAGAGCACCAUUGCUAGAGUUUUGAGCUUGAUCUUGUUAUUCAUGGAACAUUUAAAGCAAAUUGAUUAUACUUUACUUGAAUAUAGAAAGCAUUCAUCAAGAAAUGAUAUAUAAUUAUCAAUUGUUUAUUUUGUUAUUGUGCAGAAUACUUUUCUAGUUCAUGUGUAAAAUGUAUCAAUAUGUGAAUUAUUUAAAGUGAGUGAUUUUCUAUCAUGCACUUGAUCUAUUUUUAUAUAAAUGAAUUGCACUUGUGAGUGUUUGAAAAGGAAUUUAUAGCUGACCAUGGGGAUAGGGAAAAGAUGAACAAGCCAUUAAAAGUGACUUGCAAAAGAAAAAAUAUACAGUUCUUACAUCAGAGCCAAGAUAAACUCUUAAUUUUACUUCCGUAAGAUGGGACAAAGAAACUUCAAGAUAAUUCUACUUUAGUACAAUUAAAAAAUACUCCUAAAUCCUAUCAUGUCUAUUUCUUGAUGUGGCCUACCUUAACAGUAUUUAAAGAAUCAUAUGCUGACAUAUUCAAGAAAAUAUAAUGCUAAAUCAGAGUGUCUGUAUCAUUUUGGGUGGAGAGUUGCUGGAUUCUCAUCUGAUAAUGCUAAAAAGUUACUUACUUGAUUUGUAUUCUGCCAUUCUUAAGGGCUCUGAGCAGUUCACAAAACAUCUAAAGAAGGAGCCUCCCAACAAAAAAAAAUAAUAAACCCACCCAAGAAGAAGAAUUGAAAAAAACCCUCAUUCAAUACCACCAGGGACAAAAAUAAAUCUUAGUCAGUUUAUCUUUACAGCUAUUGGAAAGUGAUUGUUUUGAAGUAAUGCCCACAGAAAGUGGAAGCUGUGCCACUGCUCGCCAAGCCAAGCAGAAAAGAAAAUCUCAUAGUCUUUCUAUACGAAGAACCAACAGUUCUGAACAAGAGAGGUCAGGAUUGCAGAGAGAGAUGCUGGAAGGCCAGGAUUCAAAGCUACCAUCAUCCAUUAGAAAUACACUUCUGGAACUUUUUGGUCAAAUAGAAAGAGAAUUUGAGAACCUCUACAUUGAGAAUCUUGAAUUACGCAGAGAGAUUGAUACACUUAAUGAACGCUUAGCAGCUGAAGGCCAAGCCAUUGAUGGAGCAGAAUUGAGCAAGGGGCAGCUGAAAACAAAAGCCAGCCAUAGUACCAGUCAGCUGUCUCAGAAAUUAAAGACUACUUACAAGGCAUCAACAAGCAAGCGCUCAAAUUCUUUCCCAGGGAGAUCAGGUGGACCUCGCAAAUUCCAUGUGGGAAGCUGGGAAAUAUGGGGUGGCGACUCUUGGAUAGUCUCCAGUUUCAAAACAACAACAUCCAGAGCAAUAUGUCAGCUAGUGAAAGAGUAUAUUGGUCAUCGAGAUGGCAUUUGGGAUGUCAGUGUCACAAAAACUCAACCUGUGGUCCUUGGGACAGCAUCAGCUGAUCAUACUGCUUUGCUGUGGUGCAUAGAGACAGGAAAGUGUCUUGUCAAAUAUGUUGGACAUGCUGGAUCAGUAAAUUCCAUAAAGUUUCAUCCAACAGAACAGGUGUCUCUUACAGCUUCAGGGGAUCAGACAGCUCAUAUUUGGAGAUACAUAGUGCAAUUGCCCACCCCUCAACCUACCACAGACUGUAAUCAGCAAAUGUCCGGUGAAGAUGAAGUUGAGUUCUCUGAUAAGGAUGAGGCUGACGGAGAUGGAGAUGGCUCUAGUGAUUGUCCCACCAUCCGAGUUCCUCUGACUUCCCUAAAAAGCCAUCAGGGUGUUGUCAUAGCAGCUGAUUGGCUGGUUGGAGGGAAGCAAGCAGUGACCGCUUCAUGGGACAGGACAGCCAACUUGUAUGAUGUAGAGACAUCUGAACUUGUGCACUCUCUGACAGGACAUGAUCAAGAACUUACACACUGUUGCACUCACCCCACCCAGCGCCUUGUAGUAACUUCAUCACGUGACACAACCUUCCGUCUAUGGGAUUUCAGAGACCCUUCUAUUCACUCUGUGAAUGUCUUUCAGGGCCAUACAGACACUGUGACUUCAGCUGUUUUCACUGUGGGAGACAAUGUGGUUUCAGGUAGUGAUGAUCGUACUGUGAAAGUUUGGGACUUGAAAAAUAUGAGAUCACCCAUUGCUACUAUUCGCACAGACUCUGCAGUAAACAGGAUUAAUGUUUGUGUUGGGCAAAAAAUCAUUGCCCUUCCACAUGACAACCGACAGGUUAGAUUAUUUGACAUGUCUGGAGUGCGAUUAGCACGUCUUCCUCGCAGCAACAGACAGGGUCAUAGAAGAAUGGUUUGCUGCUCAGCAUGGAGUGAAGAUCAUCCAAUAUGCAACCUCUUCACUUGUGGAUUUGAUCGUCAGGCUAUUGGAUGGAACAUCAACAUCCCUGCUUUGCUUCAGGAAAAAUGAGAAGUUCUCCUCAUGUUUCCCUAGUUUUAUUGCCACAGACUUUGUGCAGACUUUCUUGUGAGCUGCAGUCAGUAUAAAAGGCGCACUUUGAAAAGGGCUGUGGGUGGAAUUGGAAAUAUUGUUACUGCAUUGUGCACAAUUGCAUGAAAUGUACAGAAAAAAAUGUGACCUUUUCAAAGAAGUUAGGCCAAUGUUUCUGAACCGUAGCGACAUUAAGGCGUGUGAACUUCAACUAGAAUUCCCCAACCACCAUAGCUAGCUGAGAAAUUCUGGGAAUUGAAGUCCACACAUUUUAAAGUAGCCAAGGUUAAGAGACGUUGAAUUAGGUUCUUGUGUAUGAACUUUUUUUUAUCUUGAUAUCCACCGGUGUCUAGAAGGACACUUAGCUUUACUAUGGAGCAUAUAUGUUUGCAGGUUACUCAUUCUAGUUGAACGUUAGGGCAUUAAGCAGCUUAAAUAUGAAUUCUAUGUACUUCUCAAUAUAUAGUUCACCUUUCCCACAUCACAUUACACAUUUGCCCUGUGGAUAAAAGAGAAUAUAAAGUUACUCUUUAAGAUGAAGGAGGGAGCAGUUUGCUAUAAUGGGUAGCUGAGCUUUUCUUGCAUCUAUAUACAGUGUGAUCUGAAGAUUUAAAUAUAGUAUUAAUUUCAACUCCUAGUAUAGCUUAGUUACUGAAUUAAAAACAAGGGUCAGGGAAGAAAACUAUAAAUAUAUGCAUCAGAUAUAAAAUGUUGGAUUGCCAUAUUGGGAAUACUCCUGUAGGUUUCAAGAUCUAUUUAAAUUAUUACACUCCUGGUCUGAGGAACCACUCUCUGUGUCAGAUUCUCACAUAAGGCAAAUGACAAUAUUUUACAAUCAUGCAAAUCUGAAUAAGUUCUUAAAGCACUUUAGUUUAGAUAUAAACCCCAAAUGUCCAGUUACAUUUCCUGGAGAAUGUGAGACUUGUAUCUAAGAAGGAUUUUUCUUACUAGGUUUUUGUGAAUAUUUUAAAGCUGGUGAGUAAAUCUUGUUAUUAUACUUGUUUUUAUUUUUUUAAAAAUACACUGAUGUUUUAAUGUAAAUUGACAUAAUUCUCUUUGAGCCAGGGAAAACACAAGGCCAUGUCCAAGCAUUCUGCCGGACAAUGGGCGUUGCUUCUCUCCCUUCCUUCUCUCUCACUUAAUGACCAUUCUUGAAAAGAAGAAUUUUAAUGGGAUAGGUUGCUUGCAUUACCAAUUUUAAACUAAAUUUUAAGCUAAAUUACCAAAGAUUACCAUAUUUUAAGCUAAAAUUGGAACAAGUUUAAUAAAAUUUUACCAUGCUAAAAAGAAAUCAGCUUAAGAAAUAUAUAUAGUCCCUGUUCAACCCAAUUCUCUAGGCCUUCUUUAAAUUCACACCAGCAAAUGCUAAAUGAGCAUUAUCCUACUUACAUUGUGCUGCCAGAUUUGCAUAUUUAAUUCAUAUUUGCAAGAGCAUUUGGUAGCCACUAGUUGGAAGAAAAGUCUGAAAGUUGUACUUGAAGUUUCACAGAUGAACGCAGAAAACAAUUCUCUUUACUGUCCAUUAUUAUCUCUAUAGAAUGGCAUGCAAAUUGCUUAACAAAGAGUUUAAAAUUAAUUUCCAUAAAUCAGAGAUGUAGAAAGUAUGGCUUGUGGGGGACUAAAUAUAGCUUGCCAAGAUCUGCUUUGUGGCCAGCAGAGCUCUUUUUUAAGUAAAUGGUAACAAAUAUGCACAUUUAAUAGUGUUUGAAGCAGAAAAUGGUAUCUAAUCUUUCAGAUGGUGAAAAUACUUAUUCCCUCUCUCUAAGCUUUCUAACUACCUCCCAUUCAAGCUACAGGCCCCACCCAUUUUUAAAAAGUUGGCUUUGAUGUGCUAUAUUAACCUAUAUGUGGCUCUCAAUUUCAAUUCCUGCAGUAGGGUAUUGUGAAUAAUCAUUGCUUCAAUUACCCCAUUUUUUUUUAGCUAAAGUUUCAGUAGUCUUCCAGUAGUUCUGCAAAGUAUGAAUUUCAGAGGCAAAUGUUCCUAGAGAACAGAGUAAAUAGGAUAAGAGACAAGGACACUAUUUAUGAGGGAACUGAAAUCCUAGAAACAAAUGAGAUAAAAUGGUAGGAUAUCUAUGUGGUAAUGGCUAUCUCGGAAGAGGUUUUAAUUAUGAAGUGUAUAGAAUCUUAACGUUGUAGGUAAGGGGCUAAUAAUUGAGGUUUAUGAUGGUUAUCAAAUGUAGAUUGUUAACCAGAUAAUGAUCUACAAAAGCAAGAACUUGUAUGAGCUAUGAAUUACUUUGUUGUGCAUUUUGUUAGUAGUAGUAGUAAUAGCAAUACUAUUUUACAGUGUUUGCAAUGCAAUCUCGGCCUUGCCAGAUGGAGUGUCUGGAGUGGAAACCUGUAGCGAGACAGCAACCAUAUCAUUUCAUCCUCCUGACUGUUUUUGGCUUUUGCACUGAUGUUAGGACAAACCACCACAACAAAGCACACAUAUGGGUGUAUGUUGACAAUGGCUUCUUGAAUCCGUAUAUACUCUGAGAGCAAGUUUCCUUAGUUACUUGGCCUUGUGAAAUCCCAUUAGGGGAAUCUGAUUUCAUUUUAUGGCAGUAGUAUGAGUAAAACAGUAAAGCUUUAAAA